AUGCGUCGGACGGUUCAUGGUGGCCUAGAUCAACGCCGAACUUCACAUAAAGCAGCGGAGCAGAAACGCCGAGACUCACUGAAACACUGUUUUGAUGAACUGCGUGGGCUCCUGCCUGUAAUCACUGUCGAUGAAAGUGUGCCGGGUGGCUCCGUUUUAGGACCCGAUGGCACUUUGGAGGAUCAGCUCGCAGAUGGUUUCGAUGUGGGAAAUGAUGAAAAAGGUAAUAAUGACGAGUUGGAAAAGCCAGCCUCCGCGGCAGCGGCUAGUGAGCGUUUAAGUGAAGCAAAUCGCACAGUAGCUAAAGUCUUGCUAUUGCGUCACUCCAAUGAGUAUCUACUGCGGUUGAAACGUCGUAUCGAACGUCGAGACAAAGAAGUGGAGUCGCUUUCGAACGAAGUAAAACAACUGCGCGCAAUGCUAGCUAGUCGUGAUCCUGCGGAGGCUGUGGAUUCAAAAGUGUCUAGCGAAAUGAAUUCGCUGCACAUUGGCACAUCUCAAGCUAGCAGUGUGAAACGUGCUGAGGGCAUACUUCCUGACGCAUGA